CUUCUUCCUUGUAAUGAGAGCUGUGCGGUGGUUUGUGAGUGAGAGGAUGGCGGAGAGGUGCUGAGCAAAGCUGUCGCCUGUGUGUAGCGAUCCCAGUCUUCGUUCCUCGUUCUCCCAGUGAAGAUCUGAGUGAGAUCAGCAUUUAACCAGCAAUCAUGACUGAGUUUUGGUUGAUCUCUGCUCCGGGGGAAAAAACCUGCCAGCAGACCUGGGAGAAACUGAUGGCAGCUACAACCAAGAACAAUAACUUGUCGACCAACUCCAAAUUUAACAUACCCGACCUCAAGGUUGGCACCCUUGAUGUUCUAGUAGGAUUAUCCGAUGAACUGGCUAAGCUUGACACAUUUGUGGAAGGAACGGUGAAGAAGGUGGCACAGUACAUGGCUGAUGUGUUAGAGGACAGCAGAGACAAGGUGCAAGAAAACCUGCUGGCCAGUGGAGUGGACCUAGUCACAUAUGUCACAAGAUUCCAGUGGGACAUGGCAAAGUACCCAAUUAAGCAGUCGCUGAAGAACAUUUCUGAAAUAAUCGCUAAAGGUGUUACACAGAUUGACAAUGAUCUGAAAUCACGGGCUUCUGCUUAUAACAAUCUGAAAGGCAAUCUCCAAAAUCUGGAACGAAAAAACGCUGGAAGUUUAAUCACCAGAAGCCUGGCAGAGAUUGUGAAGAAAGAUGACUUUGUGCUGGAUUCCGAAUACCUGAUCACACUUCUGGUGGUUGUACCCAAACUUGGUUACACUGACUGGGUUAAGCAGUAUGAAACUCUAGCUGAGAUGGUCGUCCCUCGUUCCAGCAGCGUGUUAUCAGAAGACCAGGACAGCUACCUGUGUAAUGUCACUCUGUUCAGGAAAGCAGUGGACGACUUCCGACACAAAGCCAGGGAGAAUAAGUUUGUUGUCCGUGAUUUCCAGUACAAUGAAGAGGAGAUGAAGGCCGACAAGGAGGAAAUGAAUAGACUAUCCACUGAUAAGAAGAAGCAAUUUGGUCCUCUGGUACGAUGGCUCAAAGUGAAUUUUAGUGAAGCUUUCAUUGCAUGGAUUCAUGUGAAGGCUCUCCGGGUCUUUGUGGAGUCUGUGUUAAGAUAUGGAUUACCUGUAAACUUCCAAGCCAUGCUCCUCCAGCCCAAUAAGAAGACUAUGAAGAAACUGAGGGAAGUCUUGUAUGACUUGUACAAGCACCUGGACAGCAGUGCGGCCUCCAUCAUUGACGCUCCCAUGGACAUCCCUGGAUUAAACCUGAGCCAGCAAGAAUACUACCCCUAUGUCUACUACAAGAUUGACUGCAAUUUGCUGGAAUUUAAGUAGAACAAACUGUGUGAUUGUGUUAUUGGAGCAGAAAUGAGUUUGAAGUACAGUGAUACACUUCCUCCUUAACCCUGUGCUUGCUUCUCAUGUAGGGUUGCCACCUCAUCCCUUUAAACCUGAACACAUAUGAAUUACACAGGUUCUGAGGCUAAUUUAUUGCAGAUAAGGUACCAAGUGAGUUUAAUUACCACCUUAAUCAGCCACAGAACCUGUGUAAUUCAUAUGCGUUCGGUUUUCAAGGGAUAAGGUGGAGACCCUAUUCUCAUGUCUCUAACCAAGGUGACCCCCCUCCUCUCUUCCUUAGUCAACCUGACCCCUUGUUUUUCUUUUUAAAAUCAAAUGUUCCGUAGAUAUUGUUGCUUUUAAUCAAUAAGAUAUUUAAAUGUCCACUGAGCAAAUAAGAGUCUAUUUAUAAAGAGAUUUAUUUAAACCUGAAGAUGCUGAGAUGCCACGAGACACAAAAGGGUUCUCUAAAAUAUCAUUCCUCAUUCGUAUGGUGGUCAGCCUUCAUCCCUCUCACUGCUCGUACGUAGAUCCUGUUUACAAGGGACUUUGGUGUAAUUGUUUAUACCAUUCCAUUCACUGCAUUUAGUUCAUAUCAGGGUGUUUAUAUGUGGAGUCGUGAUGUAAAGUGUAUGUAAUAUUUAAUGUAUGUGCUUUCUGUAUAUUUGUUAAAGAUCUCUAGAGCACUGUCAUCACAAACAGGAAUAAUAAACAGACCUGUAAAAACAA